UGAAAGUUGAAGGACGCGCGGUAGCAGCUUCUCUGGGACAAGUACAGCUCAAAGUUCGGCUUGCGUUACUUGAUCAUGACAAAUAAUGAAGCCUUAUAUCCCUCAAAAAAUUUAACAAUGUCUUCAGAAAGUAAAGAAAAUAAGGAUGAGCUGAUUGUUAAUAACAAACCCGCACUUGCUGAGGAUUCCAAUGUCUCGGCUCUAUACAUUUUCAAGUCCAAUGACGAAUCCAACGACAAGAGAAGCUCUGUUGGGAAUGAAAUCAAAGCUGGGGGAUGGACUCCCAUGCUGAUGCUGGCUGGUGCAAUAUGUUGUUUAGGUUCAGCUGUGCCUGCUGGGUACAACAUUGGAGUUAUAAACAAUGCCGCUAGUGUAAUGAAGAGAUUCUGUAACGAUAGCAUCAAAGAUAACUAUGGUGUUGAAAUUAAUUCAUUCUGGCUUAAUACACUUUGGUCCUCAAUAGUGUCAAUUUUUCUAAUUGGAGGAGUUACUGGUUCCCUUAUUUCAAGUGUUAUUGCUAAUAAAUUGGGUAGAAGAGGAGCGCUAGCCAUCGGAAAUGUUUGUGGCAUAAUUGGUGCAGCUAUGCUCUUUCUAGUACCAAUUAUACAUUCAGUAGAACUGUUCCUUUUAGGCAGGCUGAUUGUUGGACUUUCCGGGGGUCUUGCAACAAGUCUCUUACCGACUUAUAUGACGGAAAUCGCUCCUUUAAAACUGCGUGGUGCUGUUGGGGUUCUAUGUCAAUUAGGAAUUACCUGUGGUGUUUUGCUGGGUCAAAUCGCCAGUUUAGAAAAUGUCUUGGGAAACGAAUUACACUGGAAUUACAUGUUGGCUGCAUUCUCUCCAUUAUGCUUUAUUGCCUUACUGUUUACUUAUGCCUUACCAGAAAGUCCAAAAUAUCUGUUUGUUUUUAGAGAAGAGAAAGAGAAGGCGUUACACGCUCUGAGCCGUUUCAGAAAUAUGGAUAUAAUGCUUCUGAAAACUGAGAUUGAUGACUUGGAAUCGGAAUUGGCAAACAAAUCUACCGAUACCGCGUGGACAAUAAUAGAUGUAAUUAAAGACUCUACCCUCAGAUUGCCUCUCAUCCUAGUUUGCCUCUUACAACUUGGCCAGCAGCUUAGUGGUGUCAACGCUGUAUUUUAUUAUUCAAAAAUCAUUUUUCAAAAAGUUGAAUUGUCAAAUGAACAGUCAGAAUAUGCUAUUAUUGGCACUGGCAUAAUUAAUAUAGGAAUGGCUCUUAUUUCUGUUCCUGUUAUGUCUUGCUUUGGGAGAAGAACACUUCUCUUUGUAAGUGCAUAUUCGACCAUUGGGUGUCUCGUCGUUUUGUGCGCCUCUAUUGCUCUCAUUGAAUUUGGGUUCAUGCGAUGGGUGUGUAUAGCAGCAGUGCUUGCUUUUGUACUGUUUUACGGUAUAGGUUUAGGACCCAUUCCUUACUUUAUUGGUUCGGAACUGUUUGACGUUGGCCCUCGAGUAGCAGCCAUGUCGCUCGGUAGCGUGUGCAAUUGGGGAGGAAACUUUAUUGUUGGAAUGACUUUUCCAUUUUUGCAAGAGUGGAUAAACUCCUACUCUUUCCUCGUGUUUGCCACGUGCAUUUUGGUUUUGGUGCUGUUUAGCAGAAAAUACUUGCCAGAAACGCGAGGCAAAACAACGACUGAAAUUGCAGCAUCAGUCAGCCAAGGACUCAAAUCACGUCCACUCGAAGGUCCUGCUUCAAACGUAACAUAAGUAGACAAUAAUAUAUUUUUUUUAACUUAUAAAUACUGUUUACAAAACUUUGGUGCUGGAUUUUAAAGUUAAGUCGGUGGACAGUAUCCUAAAAAAGUAUUUGAAUUACAGUACUUAUAUGCUCGAGUCGCUAGUAUAAGAGACUGGAUAAGCAAUUUGUUCACCUUGGUAAUUCUAUAGGUUUUUUUUAUGAAUUUUUCACUGUUUGGAUGAUUCUUUUUUCUUCUUAUUUUCUUUUUAUUACACGAC